AUGGGUCCAGCCCCGUUGCCGAAAAGAGUCAUCGAGGUUCCUACGGAUCCGGCGCAAUCAUGCAGAAUUCGAACCACGGACAACAAGUUAGGUCGCUAUGCGAUUCUGUCUCACUGUUGGGGCAGCUCAGACAUUACGAUGAAACUCAAAGACUCGCUGAUCGCUGAAUUCCAGAACACUAUUCCGUAUGAAGAGCUUCCCAGAAGCUUCCAGGAUGCGAUCCAAAUAACACGACGGUUAGGCUUUAAAUAUCUAUGGAUUGAUGCACUUUGUAUCAGUCAAGACAACGCAGAAGAGUGGGCAGAAGAAGCUCCCAAGAUGUCACUGUACUACGGUCGGUCGUCUCUAAUGAUAUCGGCCACUGCCGCCGAAGAUAGCACCAGAGGUAUUCUGACCAACCGCCAUAUCCGGUAUUCGCCGCUGUUGGGAAAAGGGAGAAACUACCAACUGCGCCCAGGACAGCUUAGCUCGAGCUAUGGUAUCGAUAGCUCUAUGUUAGCAACGCGUGGCUGGGCUGCCCAAGAACGAGUGCUCGCCCCUCGCAUCGUACAUUAUACGACACAUCAGAUGGUCUGGGAGUGCGGGCACGGACACGAAUUCGAAGCAUCAAAGACUAAAUAUGCGAAACAUAUAUGGGACUUGGACAAGGCGGCCAUUCAACCUCUCGUAACGGACGCUUUGCAAGCGAUCGACACUGGGGAGGUCCCUCGACGAAGUGAAAGCGUGACCCAAAACGCCGAGAGAGCUGAUCUGAAUCUGUCUAAACGCCUUGACGCGUGGCACUCGUGCGUGCAAGAAUACUCUAGGCGUAACCUGGCUCUGUCCUCAGAUAAACUUCAUGCCAUUUCUGGCAUUGCUGGUAUCAUCAACUACGACGGGGAAAUGGGGGAGUAUCUUGCUGGCGUCUGGAGUAAGCACCUUGGGGCUGGUCUAGCAUGGAGUAAUGCGAACUGGUCUCCUUUCGACACGCCACCUAUAUACACGGCGCCAAGCUGGAGCUGGACAAGCGUAAAUGGUCCUGUCGAGCCGGACACUCUUGGUCGAACUACGGAGUUCCUGCUUCCACACCGCGACAAGUGGUUGGCUCAGUUUGACCUCAAAUUUAUCAGAAGUGAGAUGAUCUUACAAUCCCCACGGAACACCUAUGGGACUGUCAUGGAAGGUUCCCAUAUCGUUGUAGAGGGUGCUUGCAUCACGAAGUCCGGGUUUAGUCAUCUCCAGCAAACUGACAUCUUCACUCGAGGUAACUUAGCAUUCGACAACGGCAACAAAGAACCUUGCUCUUGCAACCUGUCGCUCGUUGAAGAGAUUGAAGCGGUUCUGAUUGCAGGAACAGACAUGAUUGCGAUUGGUAGCCGAGAAGAAUUUACCUGUGGCGACAGUCAUUGCGACUUCUAUCUCUUUUUGCUUGGCGACUGUUGGUACUCGAGGAGGCAAGCUGUCAUCGACCUGCUGCUGAUGAGUUGGGUGAGCCGAGGAGCUGCUGUCGCUAAGAGAGUGGGUUAUGCAAAGAUAUUGCUUGAGUUACCAGACGAAGAGCUGGAGACUGUUAGUGAUAGAAUUUGCGCCGCCGAUUGGAAGCGGAUGGAGCUCAGACUGGUAUGA